AUGCUAUACAUGACUGUACAUACACGAUUGCGCAAGAAAUAUGAAGCAGUGAUUCCUCGCAUGCAAUCGCAUGUACACGUACACCUUGUUAACACCGCAAUCGCUCAACUCUUACCCCCGAGGUUUGGGCUGGAAUGCGAUGUAAGCUCCGUACCAACCACAGCUAGCUAGAGAGUUGUUGUGGAGCUGGAGCGCUCCGAAACUGUCCAUGGAUUUUCGUCAAUGAUUCUUUCAAGGCUACUCAAUCCGUUAAAAUUGUUUAACCGGAGUCUUUUUUUCAGCAUUGAUAAAGGAAGAGCAGCAAAUAUGAGCAACGACACCCACAAUCGACCGAGGCAAAAGAAAAAUGAGGAGUUAAAAAGUCGUCUGGUGUGGGUCGAUUUAGAAAUGACUGGUCUGGAUUUGAACACUUGUCACAUCAUUGAAAUGGCUUGCUUGAUAACAGAUGAAGAUCUCAACAUCGUUGCUGAGGGACCCAACAUCAUCAUUCACCAACCCGACGAGAUACUAGACAAGAUGAACGAUUGGUGCGUGCAGCACCACACUGCUUCAGGACUGGUGGACGCGGUCAAAGCCAGCAAGGUGUCUCUUCAACAGGCAGAAUAUGAGAUGCUAUCGUUCGUCAGGGAGUACACCUACCCCAAGCUCUGUCCUCUAGCAGGGAACAGUAUCCACGUCGACAAGACCUUCCUGGUCAAGUACAUGCCUCAGUUUAUGGACCAUUUGCAUUAUAGGAUCGUUGACGUCAGCACUGUCAAAGAGCUUUGCAGGAGGUGGUAUCCAAAAGAAUUUGAAGCUGGUUAUCAGAAGAAGGCAUCUCACAGAGCCAUGGGGGACAUCAAAGAGAGUUUAGAAGAGCUACGUUAUUACCGGAGGACCAUCUUCAAGUAACCCCAGACCUUUGCUUUACACACCGUUUCUCUUGCUGCUUUUGUGGUCUUUGAGAUGCAGAAAUACCGGUCGAAAGCAUACCCUGAAGCCGCUUAUUCCACAUUCUUUCCAGAUCAGUGAAAUAUUUUGCUUUUUCACUGAGCCAGGCAUGGCCCUGGGAAGCGGGGGUGCUGCGUGUAUUCUCCAUAGAAAGCACCCCAGGUAUUCGGGAAGAUGUGUAACAAUGGGAAAAUGUAACGUAAAUGACCUUAAUUUUGUAAUAAAAACCCUUUUUUUUAAAUUUACAUCAGCACCUCCAGUAAAAAGAAUCGUUCCCAGGGGCCUAGAGCUAGGACUUAUUAUUUUUUACCUCUUUCCCCGGGAUCUCUUUGGAAAUUUCUUCAUCUUGUUUGCAGAGGAGUGGUUCAUAUUUUUUACUAUUAAAGCAAGAACUGAUACAUACUACCAGUUGAUGGCUUGCACAGGGUUAUUUACGGCUCAUGUCUUAAUACAAAGAGUUGCAAGAGAUUCAAUUCAGUCUUGUAUUGCAAUUGAUCUCCAUUUAUGUAUUUAAAGGUCAAGUCCACCCUAGAAAAUUGUUGAUUUUAAUUGAUAGAGAAAAAUCAAACAAACAUAACGCUGAAAAUUUCAUCAAAAUCGAAUGUAAAAUAAGAAAUUUAUGACAUUUCAAAGUUUCGCUUAUUUUUCACAAAAUAGUUAUAUGAACGAGUCAGUUACAUCCAAAUGAGAGAGUCGAUGAUGUCACUCACUCACUAAUUCUUUUGUUUCUUAUUGUUUGAAUUAUACAAUAUUUCAAUUUUUACAAAAUUGACAAUUAGGACCUCCUUGCCUGAACCAAAAAAUGUUCAAAUAAUGGAAUUCCUCAUGUUCAGGGAGGAAUGAAACUUCAUUUCACAUGACGAGAAAAUCUAAAUAUUUCAUAUUUCAUAUAAUAAAUACAAAAGAAAUAGUGAGUGAGUAAUGUCAUCAGUUCCCUCAUUUGCAUACCAACCGAGAUGUACAUAUAACUGUUUUGUGAAAUGAAGUGAAACUUCAAAAUGUCAUAACUUUCUUAUUUUACAUCCGAUUUUGAUGAAAUUUUCAGUGUUAUGCUUGUUGGAUUUUUUCUCUUUUUAUUCAAAUUAUUUUUUUGUUGGGGUGGACUUGUCCUUUAAAUAGCUUUAUUAUCCAUGUGGGUGCUUGUAGACAGAGGAAUGCCAUAGAAUUGCCAAAGAACAUGGCCUAGUAACAUGAAACUAAGUAAUUGAUCUUAUGUCUUAAUCUUUAGUUACGGUUGACUGCAUUGAUCAUUUAGUGCAGUCAAUCAUACAUAGCAACAGUUCUAGAUAAAUUUGUAAUCUUUUAUUUUGUAUUUUUUUUAUUUAUUUUAUGAGAAUGGGUGUAAUAUUCCUCAUUUAUGCUAUGGCUUUCAAUAAUUUUUUCUUUGAAGGGGCAAUGGUUUAGUAAUGCUGUGGUAGUCUGCAGGCACAAACCCUUGCUUUUCGUAUAGUUCAUAAUGCAGGGUCUGAAGUGUGAGACUAGAUUCACUAUGCACCAUUUUGAAUCUAGUCUUCACUCUAUUCAUGGUAUAAUUGGUUAAAGUGUCAAAUUUGAGUCUGUGCUUCCAGACUAGUGCAGGGGGUUGUAUCAGAAACCUAUCGGUAAGGUGGGCAAAGUUUACGCAAGACUUUUAACGCACAAAUUAUGGAAAGUUCUUGUCAUGUGCUGAAUGAUAUAUAUAAAUUUUCUCCUUUGUGGGAGUGAAUUUCCUGUUCAACCUUCAUGAAAUUUGACGUUGUGCGAAGUUUGCAUGCAGAUGCUUGUUAAUGUAAAAAUUGCCCGGGGGGCCACUAACAUUGACGAGUGAAUACCAUGCGCGACCAAAAAAACACGUAAAAAGGAUGUCUUUUUCAAGAUAGCGCACGUUACGUACGUAACGUGAUAAGGGUGUCAAAAACUAAAAAUAAUGAAAAAAGGGUAUCUAUUUCGCUAAGAAAGCUACGUGUUUAGGGUCAAAUUUGCGGGGAUGAUAAAACAAAAUUAAAAUGUUUUAUAAAGGAUGUCCUUUUUGCCCCAACACUACGUGUUUUAGAGCCCAAUUUGCAAGAGGUGUGGAAGGUGGGGCCGUACUAAACCAAAUGGUGUGUAAAGGUAUAAAACCGACGACCGACGGACCCAUGACAUAACAAUAAAAUAUCGCUGUACUUGUUUAGGGGUUCAUUUCAGGGAAUACUUGCCAAUAGUAUUUGUUUCCAAUACUUGUUAGGGGUAGGGUUUCAGACGCCAAUACUUGUUAAGGAGUGCAUUUUCAGAAUAUGGAAAAUACGUGUUUAGGGUGCUUUUCGAGACCCCAUGGUCGCGCAUGGUAUCCACUCGUCAAUGGAAGUGGCCCCCCUGGGAAAAAUUGCAACCUACUCAGAUAUUAUUCCAGCUGUAGCUGAUAAGAAAAUUGAGAAUCAAACUGAAUCAACUGAUUGGGUCCCACGAACAGGUCACCCGUCAUGUAUAAAGUUGUUUAUAGUUUACAUUGAGCUUUAAAAUUUGAAAUGGCAUUCAAGGUUCAAAACCAGUAUGGUACUGUUAUGUGGCGAUAUUCAAGUGCUGUUAUGUGGUGAUUUCUGAUGUUUAUGUUGCAUUCAGCUCAACACCAACUAAAACCAUAUCUAGAUGAGGGUGGUGUUGAAUGAUCUCUGUUGUAACAAGGUAUUAGGUUAAUACAUACAUAUGUUUAUAAUCAAAUCUCCCCACUCACUAGUAAUACCAUACCCCAGUGGAACAUUGAAUGGAACAAGGAGUGGUUUUCACUGACUAUUCAUUGUUCACUUCAAAUCCUUCCAUCUGAUUGGCUGAGUGCAAAUUAGUCUGUGAAAACCACCCGAUAUUAAAAGUUUCCAAGAAACGCUUCCCAUGUCAGAGAUCACAAUUUGUUUUUAUUUCAAGUUCAUUGGCAGUUCUUUAUGUUGACAAAUUCUAGAUCACAAUGAAUAUGAUAACACUAUGGGAAUACAUCUACAUGUAGGUGGUCAAAUUGACUUGCUCAUUUCUCAUCUCCUGUGAUCUUCAGCAUUUACAUACACUAUUUGUAAGUUCUCCCAGAAAAAAAGGUAUAAUCCCUUGAAAGAAUGAUCGGCAUUAAUAGAUGGUUGACUUGAAUGGGAUGCUCCCCAGGGAGUGUAGAAUGUGUGUCUAUGGUAUGAUCAUAUGUGGCAAUCCUGGGGACCGUUUCAUGAAAGUUGUCAGCACUGACGCACUGACAAGUUUUCUUUCUCCGACAGUUACUAUAGUAACAGAGGCCAGUGCCUUUCAGCCAAUCAAAACCAAGGAAUUCACUGAAAUUGUCAGCACUGACAAUUUAGUCAGUGCAGAAAACUUUCAUGAAACACCCACCGGAAGGUUAUUCUUUGAACGAAAGGUUAUUGCAAGUUAUGUAAAGGCCACUGCACACCUCAUGAUUGGUCUGUGAACCGAUUGUGGAAUAUAACGUAGAAUUUAUCAUUUGUAAACAAAUUUUCGGCAUCACUGGUAUGUGUUUAAGAUUGCAUGCUCGAUCUGUAAUGAAAAUCAUAAGUCAGAAAAAAUUGGAACCAGUGGGAUUCGAACCUGCCAUCUACUGCUUUCCGGGCAGCGACUUAACCACCAGGCUAUUCUGGUUCACGGCUAAAUCACGAUGAACUGGAAUUCAAAUACCCUCGAUCCUCUUCUUUCUGACUCAUUAAUAUGCAAAUGCAGUCCGCCGUGGACAAUAGUAAAUAAAGAGAGGAAAUUAUAAUUUGUAAACAAAUAAAACAUAGAAUUUGCUGUUAUUAUUGAGACAUGGGGAGGGUUUCGUGAAAGAACUUGUCAGACGUUUAUCUGACAAGUCCUAUUUUAUCCGACCGUUACGAUAGUAACAGUGCCUCUCGGCCCAUCAGAAUCAAGGAAAGUUGUCAAAUCUGACAACUUGUUGGACGAAAUUGUUGAUGAAUCGCUCUCAUGACAUAACUUAUUGUGUAAUAUUCAAAAUCAUUGUACUAAUACCGAAGUUCAAAUCUGUGACGAUGCUAUCAUCCUUAUCAUAAUAAAAACAAACUUGGUAUCUAGUCGUAAUGAUAUCAUAGCAAUCGUAAGAUUGGUUACGAUUUGAAACUAAUUUUGCCUUGAGUCCAGAAUGUAGUCAUACAAAAUUGUUUUAUUAGUAUUCUUACAGUUAAUUUGAACCUCUAAUAAAAACAUACUUUUUAUAGACAUUUUCAGAAAAUGAGCUUAAAGGUAUUGUUUAACUUUGUGAGCAGCCGAUUAAAAAAAUUAUCAAACCAAGAUGAAACAUGUGUACAAGUGCAUGUAUUAGAACUAAUAAACCCUGAAAACAACCAUUAUUGAGAAUGAAAAGCUAAAACUACAAGGCAAACCCCGAUUUUGUAAAUAGGCGUCUUAUAGACGCCUAAAUAGUACGCAUAAGUGUAUGGGAUGAAAUUAAGAUGGUGUUUUCGGUCACUUUAUAUUUCAAUUUUUGAAGCACUAAAUAAUUAUUUUUGAACACAAUUUUUUCUGGGCUUCAUUUUUGUAACAUAUCACAGACACAGGUGACAAGUGUGACCUUCUAGCUCAGAUUUUUUAAAAGUCAAACCAAUGUUGUUCCCAAAAUAAGGUGUGUGGUGGCCUAAGUUAAGGUCACUUGUUAUUGUUCUACAGGGGUCCGUUGCAGAAAGAGUUGCGUUUAGACACAAGUAAAAAAAAUCAAUCGCAAGUCCCAAAUGCGCGCUGUUGAUUGGUUGAAAAUCAAGUUGCGCAUGAAUUUUAGAGUUGCGAUUGAUUGCAACUCUUUCUGCCCCAGAUCUUCCAAGUACUAAGUACACUGUACUAGAAUGACGUAAUAUAUGCAACAGCAUUGACAUGCCAUUUAUUAUCAGAAAGAUGCACUGGUACAUGCAAUAAAUGUAUUUGAAUAUCGAACCUA